AUGGCUAUGAACCACGGAUAUAGUCCUGGGGCAGUUGGUAUUCCUGGUGCCGGGUUUGGAGGGCUGGUGCCGCAGUUCAUAGGAUUCUCCUCCCUCUUUGCGGCGCUUUUCUCCCCGCGCCGGUCUGACGCUCUCAAGUUAGUUGCCACGGGCGCUUUAGUUGAGAGUGGACGUAGGCUCUGCCAGUGGCUCUGGGAGAGGUUGUCGUUUCGAUAUUGUGUUUCUGUGAGAUUCUUCAAGGGAGAUCCAACUUAUGAAUGGAUCACCAGCGCUAUGGCUUCACGCCAACUGUGGCGCAAGUCUUCGACUUUCAGGGCAAGAGCCAAGACGGCAAUGAAGAUGGUUGCGCACGCAAUCGCUGAUGGCCCAGUGCUCGACGGACACGCUGACCUUGUGCCUGUCUACGACGUUCCUUACCUCUUUUGCUGGAAAGGAUACGUGUGCGAGUUCACAAAGAGUAGGGACUCCAGCAUGAACGCACAUGCGAUGCUCAAUGCCGACCUGACUGGAGUACCGGAAUCAAGAUACAUCGACUUGAAGAUAUUCACUCGCGACAUCCAUACACUAUCACGGUUUGUGGAGGAGGCGCACGAUGCUUUCGUCCAAUCCCGCGAGCAGCGCGUCCUCAUACGGAGUGCGGAUGGUGGUGUGCGACAUCCUUACCAGCGGCAACUCUGGACCACUGUCAAGACGAAAGCACGGAGGCCACUUGAUUCGCUGAUAUUGGAACCGGGAGUUAUAGAUUCCAUUAUAGCCGACAUGCAAGAGUUCAUGAAGAUGGAGAAUUGGUAUGUCGACGCUGGCAUACCCCACCGUCGAGGAUAUCUGUUGUAUGGGCCACCCGGGACGGGAAAAACUUCGACGAUCCAUGCAAUUGCGGGCGAGCUUGACCUCGACAUCUAUACAAUAUCACUUGCAUCAAACAAUGUCGAUGACACUUACCUACAGCACCUCGUGUCACAAGUGCCCGCUCGAAGUAUGUUACUGAUCGAAGAUAUUGACUGCGCGUUCCCGUCGAGAGAUGAGGAUACCGAGGAAAGCCCAGCUACCACUACUCUACAGCCGGGGUUAGUGAUGACACCUCGCAUGCGUCGACAAAUGGGGAUGCAUGGGACAUCCGCGUCGCUGGUUACCCUGUCGGGGUUAUUGAACGUCAUCGAUGGUAUUGGCAGCGAAGACGGAAGGAUGUUCUUCGCCACGACGAACCACAUCGAUCGGCUCGAUGCAGCCUUCCUGCGACCAGGACGUGUGGACGUCAAAGUGGAAUACAAGAUGGCGAGCAUAGGACAGGCCCGGGCUCUCUUCUCGCGGUUCUUCCCUGUCUCACGUUUCGGACACCUGUUCGAAGCGAAGGAGGCAGAGAAGCCGCAAGACCCGGCGGCAUGCUUAGCUGCGUUCGCUGACCAGUUCGCGGAGACCCUGCCUGAGCAUGAGUUCUCCACGGCAGAAAUCCAGGGAUACUUGCUCGGUUACAAAUCCAACCCUGCAGCUGCGGUUGCGGGAGUGGGGAAGUGGGCGCAGGAAGUCAAGGAGGAGAGAGCUGCGAAGAAGCGGAAAGAGGAGGAGAAGGAAGAGAAGAGGAAACAAGCGAAGCUGCAGCCUCAUCGAGAGGCUGGACGGGUCAUGGCUAGUGAGAUGGGCAAAGUCUUCCAGCAGUCCCUUGGGCACGCAGGAGGCCCGCCGACGGGUGUUCCACUGAGCGCGCCUCAUGGUGGAGAACGGAGAGUACAUGGCGACCGGCCAAUCCAGGUCCAAGAAGAAAAAUCUGCCGAAGAACGCCUGGCAUCUGAGGUUCCCAAACUGAACGGGUCUGGUCCAGUCUCUGGUCCUGAUGUACCAACGCCGUCUGUGGAGACGGUACCGGUGGCACCGGCAGGCCCUACGUCGCAGGCCUCACAAUAG